CGCUCUGCUCCCCAACAAUUAGGGGCCGUCCUGGCGCGCGUUCGUUUUCGUCUGGAUCCUACCUGCUCGGCUAGCUGUUCGUUGGGUUCCUAAUCUGCGGGGGUUAAUUAAGACGGGGAAGGGUUGGUGGUGUUAGUUUGAAUUCUAGUGGGGUUAUUUUUUCGAGAUUCGGUAUAAUGCUUGUUUGACCGGAUUGGAUUGGGACGGGAAGGCUCGCGUGCGAUUCGCAGAUCGCCACCGCACCUCGCAUUGCCGUCGAUAUUCUGGUUGGGGGAUUCGCCGAGAAAUUAGGGUUCCGUCCGCUCUCGCCCCGCAGCUUUACCCUUUCUUCCUGUCCGAAAUCGAAUCCCAUCUGCUCCUGAACUCCCGGUUGCGUUGCCGCCGGCGUCCUUGCGGCCCUGGGUUCAGUAUUGGCAUGAGCUGAAGUCCAGGAGCUAGUUAUUCCUUCGGCCAUGUCUCAAAUCCAGAGCACCUCGCGCUGUGCGCUCCUUGCUGUUCGAUGUGGGAGGUUCACCGAGGAGCAGCAGACCCCGGCUCACCUGGCACCUGAGCCGAAGCGGGUGCGUCCAUCCUACCCCUUCCCGGAGCUCGUCUCCUGUGGGAGAUUAGAGGUGCACACGCUGAUCAAUCCCUCGGUGGAGCAAUUUAGAGAGGCACAGCAGGCGGUGCAACCUAACUUGUUGUAUCUUCAGGGGCAGCAGCUAGAGAACGCGGAGAUAGGUUCACUCGUCUGGGGCGAUACUGAUUUAUCUGACCCGCAGACAUUUAGCUCACUCAUCAGCCCACCAUUUCCGACCAUAGUUUAUUUGGAAGUUCCCAUAGGGGAAAAGUUUGCCCAGUCACUUCAUUCAAAGGGGAUACCAUAUGUAAUAUAUUGGAGGAAUUCAUUUCCAUGUUAUGCAGCAUCUCAUUUUCGCCAGGCAUUAAUGUCAGUCAUUCAAAGUUCCUGCAGCCAUACAUGGGAUGCAUUUCAACUUGCGCAUGCCUCGUUUCGACUAUAUUGUGUGAGAAAUAACUAUGUACAAAGUGUUAAGCUUGGCCCUCGCCUACUUGGGGAUGCUCCAAAAAUAAAUAUCAUCCCUGCCGAGAAUGAUGUGGAUGAGGAAGAAGGUUGUUCUGAAGCUUUUCUGGCUAUAAAAAUAUAUGAUGAAGAUGUGAACAUGAAAUUUCUUGUCUGUGGAGUGCCAUGCACCUUGGAUGCAUAUUUGUUGGGCGCACUGGAGGAUGGUUUGAAUGCUCUGUUGAAUAUUGAGAUUCGUGGGAGUAAACUUCAGAACCGAGUCAGUGCUGCUGCUCCACCCCUACAAGCUGAAACUCUUUCACAUGGGGUUGUUUCCAUGCGCUGUGACAUCACAACAUGCAGUUCUUCACAUGUGUCACUUCUUGUUUCUGGUUUGAAACAUCUUGCGCCAGAAAUCUCUUACAGAAGCUUGGUUGCACUUGGAAUUGCUUGUGUAAAUGGCACACCAGUGUCUUCAUUUGACAGGAAGGAUGCAGAUCGUCUUCUUUUCUUUUGCUCUAACCAGUGCAAAGAUCAAGCGAUUCAAAAUGCUCCAUGUGCCCAUCUAUCAAGAUGGUCGGCCUCCCUUACUAAUGAUAGAAUCACUGGAAGUCUCAAGUCAAAACAAAUUUCAUUUGACGCAAAUCGAGUUAGAGAGGAUAAUAAGCAUCUUACUGAAGUGUCUUCUCUUUCAUCCUUGAAGCCAAGGUUAAAGCCUGCAACAAUGAGACCCCUUCCCCACUCUCCCAAGCAACAAAUGCAUCUCUUUAUGGGUUUACCUCAGCCUACCAUUCAUGAUGCUAGUCAAGUUAAGCCUAGCUUGCCAGCCCCUCCACCUGUAAAGCAUAGUGUGUCACCUGUUGUUACUGCUACUCAAAGAAAAUCAUCAUCUGGGCGGUUGCGUGUUCAACCAUCAGUUCCACUGAAUCCUCUGCCAAUGAGGAAACAUGGGUGCGAUCGGUCGCCUAUCCGUAUUUGCUCUGAAGAAGACUUCUUGAAAGAUGUCAUGCAGUUUCUACUUCAGAGAGGCCACACCCGACUCGUACCUCAUGGUGGACUGGCUGAAUUUCCUGAUGCAGUCUUAAAUACAAAGCGCCUUGAUUUAUAUAAUUUAUACAAAGAGGUGGUAUCCCGAGGUGGCUUUUAUGUAGGCAACGGCAUAAAUUGGAAAGGUCAGGUCUUUUCAAAGAUGCGCAACCAUACAGUUACAAACAAAAUGACGGGUGUAGGGAACACACUAAAGAGGCACUACGAGACAUAUUUGCUGGAAUACGAACUUGCACAUGAUGAUGUUGAUGGGGAGUGUUGCUUGAUUUGCCACAGCAGUGCUCUGGGCGACUGGGUGAACUGUGGGUUAUGUGGAGAAUGGGCCCACUUUGGCUGUGACAGACGGCAAGGGCUGGGCACUUUCAAGGACUAUGCGAAGACAGAUGGGUUGGAAUAUAUUUGCCCCCAGUGUAGCCUUGUGAAAAGCAAAAAGCCACCGCUGCCCGUUAGAGUAGGCAAUGGCUUAGCCACCUCUGGAUUACAAACUGUAAAUUAACUUACGUUAUUUUUCUUUUCCCUUGGCUUUUUGUCCCACUUUUUGGGGGGUGAUUGUUUGGGUAGAUAAUAUUGGCCAAGCAUAUGUUUUUUUUUUGUUUGAGGAGAUGGCAUGUGUAGUGUUGUUGAUCUGUGCUAUCAUUUAACCCGUAGGUUCUAAGUUAUAUAUAUAGAUUGUAAUCAUUGGCAGAUCCUGAACUUCAAAAUUUUGUGAUCAGAUAA